UGGGCCGCCGACCUCUACCAGGGCACCGACGUGACGCAGCUCAACUGGGCCGAGCGCGCCUGGAUGGACUGGUACCUGUACUGGGGCAACCCCGUGCUCGCCACCGGCGUCAUGAGCUUCGUGCUGCACGAGGUGAGUUGCGCGACGACAAGGGGCUCUGGUGCUGUGCUUUGCGUUGUCGUGUGGCCCGCUGUGCUGCGUGGCUGCCUGACGCCACGCAACGGGCUGUGGCGCCUACAACGCUGCUUCGAGCGCCGCUGUGAGCGCCGUGUCUGGCGACAUGCAGCGCCGGCAGUGCUCUGCAAGCUCGCGAGCCUCGCCGCUGCUUCGUGUCCGCAUGCCGCUGGUACUACGCUGCAGCGGCCGUAAUGUCGCGCCACUCGCAGCACACUCGCACCCGCCCCCUCGCGCCUAUGCUCACGCCCCACACACAGCUCGUCUACUUCGGCCGCGCCAUCCCGUGGGUCAUCAUCGACUCGAUGCCAUCGAUGCGCAAGUACAAGAUCCAGGACGACCGCGUGGCGACGCCGAAGCAGCAGUGGGACUGCACCAAGUCCGUGCUGCUGAGCCACUUCACCGUCGAGCUGCCGCAGAUCUGGUCCUUCCACCCGAUCUGCGAGUACUUUGGCCUGGCGACGCACUCGGUGCCGUUCCCGUCGAUCCUCACGAUGGCGUGGCAGAUCGGCCUCUUCUUCGUGUUCGAGGACACGUUCCACUACUGGGCGCACCGCGCGCUGCACUGGGGCCCGCUGUACAAGCACAUCCACAAGAAGCACCACGAGUUCAGCGCGCCGUUCGGCCUGGCCGCCGAGUACGCGCACCCGCUCGAGGUCUUCAUUCUCGGCUCGGGCACCAUCGGCGGGCCGUUCCUGCUGUGCGCGCUCACGAAGAACCUGCACAUCCUCACCGUGUAUGUGUGGAUCGUCAUGCGUCUCUUCCAGGCCAUCGAUGCGCACUCGGGCUACGACUUUCCCAUUUCGAUGCACAACUGGAUGCCCUUCUGGGCCGGCGCCGACCACCACGACCACCACCACAUGGCCUUCGUCGGCUGCUACUCGACGAGCUUCCGCUGGUGGGACCACCUGAUGGGCACGGACCUCAGCUACAAGCGCUACCGCGCGCGCCAGGCCGAGCAGAAGAAGGAGGCGGCCGCCAAGGGCCUCUCGUGGCCGACGAAGCCGCCGACGAAGAACGCCAAGGGUGCGCUACUCGAGAGCAAGAAGGCGCAGUAGGCGCUGCUGCAGUAGUGACAUGCUCUGCGGCCUCCGGCUUGAGACACAGCACCUAAUAGUACCCCCUUGCCCGCUGCCGUCUGGCCGCUGCUGCUGCGGCCACAGCUGCUCUGUACAUAGUGACGCGAUCGAUGCUAGAUGAUCUAUGGAUAUUGUGCCGCCUCUCCUC